CCUGUUAGAAUGUGUUAUGGGCCGAUAUUCCCUCAAAGCCCAAGCCCAUAUGCAACGAGGAGCACUCCUAAAACUGUAAUCCAGUUCCGCUUUGUUCUCUUUCUUCCCUCCAUCCUCCAUCUUCGAGGGAAAGCUCAAAGCUCUUUGCACUCUGUAGUAGAAGAUGUUGGUCUUAUCCUGCGCCACCUCUGCUUAUCAUACGCACAAAUUUAUAGCUUCCAAAUCCAGAGUUCAAAUGCGCUCGAGCAGUCGAGUCUCAGUUGCUAAUCUCCAUCACUCUGAUACUCCCUUUGUUCCUGAGGUGGAAAAAGCUGUGGAUUCUUUGUCUAAAGAGUUCAGAGCAGUGGAUUAUCUGGUGGCACGGAAUACUGCCCGUGUUCUCAAAGCGUUUCAGAAUGUCAGGGUCGGGUCUCAUUUUUUCAGUGGCAGCACAGGUUAUGGUCACGAUGAAGCUGGGGGGCGUGAAGCCUUGGACCUUGCUUUUGCAGAAAUAUUCGGUGCUGAGUCUGCAAUAGUUCGAGCUCAAUUCUUCUCAGGUACUCAUGCUAUCACUUGUGCUUUGUUUGCUUUCCUAAGGCCAGGGGAUGAGCUUCUGGCAGUUGCUGGUGCACCGUAUGAUACAUUAGAGGAAGUUAUUGGGAAAAGGGAAUCUCAUGGACUAGGUUCCUUAAAGGAUUUUGGGGUGGAGUACAGAGAAGUGCCACUUGCAGAGGAUGGAGGACUCAACUGGGAUGCCCUUAAGAUUGCUCUGAAACCUCAUACAAAAUGUGCACUAAUACAGAGAUCAUGUGGUUAUUCUUGGCGGCGCAGUCUGAGUGUAAAUGAGAUAGGGAAAGCAAUAAAGAUAAUCAAGAUGCAGAAUCCAAAUUGUUUGGUCAUGGUGGAUAACUGCUAUGGUGAAUUUGUGGAUACCAUUGAACCCCCAAUGGUGGGUUCAGAUCUAAUUGCUGGUAGUUUGAUAAAAAAUCCUGGUGGAACUAUCGCACCAUGUGGUGGAUACAUUGCGGGGAGGAAAAAAUGGGUUGAGGCAGCAGCUGCCCGUCUCUCAGCUCCAGGACUAGGAGUUGAUUGUGGAUCAACCCCUGGUGAUAUAAUGCGAGCCUUUUUUCAGGGUCUAUUCCUUUCACCUCAAAUGGUCGGGGAAGCAAUAAAGGGGAGCUUCCUUAUUGCUGAAGUCAUGGCAGCUAAAGGAUAUAAGGUGCAGCCACUUUGCCGGGUCCCACGUCAUGAUACAGUGCAGGCUGUACAACUUGGCAGCCGUGAGCGUUUGCUUUCCUUCUGUGAGGCCGUGCAGCGAGUUUCUCCUGUAGGUUCUUUCACCAAGCCUGUUGCUGGUGCAACCGCUGGCUAUGCAUCAGAGGUGAUCUUUGCUGAUGGCACCUUUAUUGAUGGGAGUACAAGUGAACUCUCAUGUGAUGGACCGCUAAGAGAACCCUUUGCUGUUUUCUGUCAGGGCGGCACCCAUUGGACGCAAUGGGGACUUGUUCUCGGGGAGAUUUUGAAAACACUAUAAAGCAAGUGAUAAAAGGCAUUGGACUUUGAUUGAUUUGCACUUAAACCCGCCCAAAAUGAAUGGCAUCCUUCACUGAAUUUGAGCCAAAGCAGGCUCUUGAGUUGUGCAGAUCCACUGCAUUUCAACAUUUGGGGGCAACAACACACUUCUUAUGCGCACGCGCGUGCACACACGCAUCAUUCGCUACCUCAUGAUAGUGGCCGGCUGGUAUCUCAAGAAUAUCUGGAUGACGUGAGAAAUUCGUAGUCAUUAUUUGAAAGUGAUACGAGAUUUGUACUCCACUCAUUUGACUACCUAUUUCAGAAAAAAAAAAAAAUUAUAUUAUUUUGUUUUGUCAAA